CCCCGGCCUGACCCGGCAGGGUAGGAAGCCGGGCGGGGCGGGCGGGGCUCUCAGGCACGUGGGUCCCCGCCGCGGCGACUGGACGCCGGCGCUGGCAAGCGGGAGUCGCGGCCGGGGCACUGCGGGCUGACGAGCGCCCUGCGAGACCAAGAUUGGAGCAGAAGAGGCAGUCCAGGGAAGGCUUGGCCGGGCUGACUUCCCAUGACCCAGAGCCCAAGCUGUCUCUACCUCCCUGUCUCAGGAGCCUGGGCACUGCCUGCCCUGAGAAAUGCUGGAAGCUGGGCGAGGCCCCAGGCCAGGGGACCUGUUUUUCCUGUUUCCCACAGAGUUCCCUGCAGCUCGGUCCAGGGGUCCAGGCAGGUGCAUUCAUGAGUGAGGAACCUGAGCCUGCGCUGAGCAUCCUGAGAGCUGAGAGCAGGGGCUGGUCAGGGCAAUGGCCACAGACCCGGGCCUCUGGAAUGGCACCAUCAAUGGCACCUGGGAUGGGGAUGAGCUGGGCUACAAGUGCCGCUUCAAUGAGAACUUCAAGUACGUGCUACUACCUGUGUCCUACGGCGUGGUGUGCGUGCUCGGGCUGUGUCUGAACGCCGUGGCUCUCUACAUCUUCCUGUGCCGCCUCAAGACCUGGAACGCCUCCACCACAUACAUGUUCCACUUGGCCGUGUCGGAUGCACUGUACGCGGCCUCCUUGCCCCUGCUGGUCUAUUACUAUGCCCGCGGUGACCACUGGCCCUUCAGCACAGUGCUCUGCAAGCUGGUGCGCUUCCUCUUCUACACCAACCUCUACUGCAGCAUCCUCUUCCUCACGUGCAUCAGUGUGCACCGAUGCCUGGGUGUCUUGCGUCCACUGCGCUCGCUGCGCUGGGGCCGGGCCCGCUAUGCCCGCAGGGUGGCCGUUGCUGUGUGGGUGCUGGUGCUGGCCUGCCAGGCACCCGUGCUUUACUUCGUCACCACCAGUGCACGUGGUGGCCGCAUUACCUGCCAUGACACCUCGGCACCCGAGCUCUUCAGCCACUUCGUGGCCUACAGCUCCAUCAUAAUGAGCCUGCUCUUUGCAGUGCCCUUCGCCAUCAUCCUGGUCUGUUAUGUGCUCAUGGCUCGGCGGCUGCUAAAGCCAACCUACGGGACCACGGGAGGCCUGCCGCGGGCCAAGCGCAAGUCGGUGCGCACCAUUGCCGUGGUGCUAGCGGUCUUCGCCCUCUGCUUCCUGCCUUUCCACGUCACCCGCACCCUCUACUACUCCUUCCGCUCGCUGGACCUCAGCUGCCACACCCUCAACGCCAUCAACAUGGCUUACAAGAUCACCCGGCCUCUGGCCAGCGCCAACAGUUGCCUUGACCCUGUGCUCUACUUCCUGGCUGGGCAGAGGCUCGUGCGCUUUGCUCGGGAUGCCAAGCCACCCACAGACCACACCCCUACCACCCAGCUUCGCCGCCGUCUGGGCCUGCACAGGUUCAACAGAACUGACAGUAAGAGGACAGAAGACUCGGCCAGCAGUGAGAACUCUAGACAAACAGAUCCCACACCGUCUGGUGGUGAAAACACUAAGGACAUCCGGCUGUAGGACCUGAACCCCUUGGGCCUGUACCAGUUUGUGUCGGGUGAGACUUUAGACUUGUUCAAAUGGGACAGUCUCCCCAGAUAUGGACCAUCAGUGAAUCAGGCCGGAUGGUCAAGGGGGCCGUGACCCCAGUGCUCUGGCAUUUGACAGGGGCGCAGUUUGUUCUCUGUGGUCCAGAGAGCUCAGCAGUCCCCACAUCCCCAGUCACCAUUUGUAUGUGAGAUCUGGGGAGUAAGGUUUUAAGAAAGGCAAGGGUUUGGGGCCAGUGCUGCCCCUGGCCUGAAUCCCACGUAAAUACCUGGCUGUGCCUGCCAAGGUACCUAGGCUGGGCUCUGGACUAAACAAGUCAAGUGGAGAAACAGGCCCAGAGAGGAAAGUGACUUAACCAAGGUCACACAGCCAAGCCUGCGCCUGAGCUACCUGGGAGGGACAGGGUUGCAAGUUGACCAGAGGACCCUGGUAAGGAGUCAGGGCUGAGCCAGAGGUUCCCACGAUGAGUUGGAGUGGUCUGAGUGCCACCGAGGGCUCAGCUCUGAGGAGGAUGCCCAGCCCAAGGGAUGAACGUCUGGGAACUGAUGUCAUAAACCCAUCUGGAGGCUGGGAGCCAGUUCGAGGCUGGGACUUGUACUAAAGGUGUUGUUACCUGCUGAGCCGGACCCCGUUGUGUAGUUGGAGGUUGGGGAUACAGCCUGGGGAGCUCUCACCAUCCACACUAGGGUCCUUUCUCCAACCUGUUCUCUUCUACCACCUGCCUUCCCAGUAGCUGCCUCAGUGGUGGUCUCAUACGAGGAAUAUCCUCUCCAGACCCCAGGUCAUCCUCCACUUUAAAGUUAACUGGCUUUUAUGCCUGGUUUUGCUGGGUGCAGAGGGGAGUCAGGUGGGGUCCCAGUCCUCAGGAUCUCCCAGUUUAGGAUUUAAUGGCGAUGACCAGUCAUGUGCUGGUAAAAGUCCAACCAUUUAGCUGACUCUCGGCAGGGGGUGCGGGGGUGAGGGGAACCCCUUAUUUGCAGCAUUGCCAGUUUCUGUGGUACAAAUACUCCUGCCACAGUCAGUUUCAGACUACCAAUGUGAUAUCAGCCUCCUUGCAAAAUUCCUGAAAAAUUAACAGAGGGCUCUUGAGAGCAGGUACAAGUUUCUCUGGCACAUCACUGGAUAAUGCUGAGUGGUUGGGGCAGUGGACCAGGGCAUCAGGGAAGGCUUCCUGGAGUGGGUGGACUUCUGAGAAAAGCACUUCAUCAGAGAAGAACAUCCAGGUGCAGGUGCAUUCUAGGCAAAGACAUGGGGGCAGGAGAGCAGGGCCUGCAGGAACUGGAAGCCGGCUGGGCAGUAGGUGCCCAGGUUCAAGGCAGGAAUGGGGGGGGGGCAGGUCACAAGGACGCCAAGUCAGGGCUCCCUCCUUGCCCUGACCAUGAGGUUUCUUUUGCACUGGGGAUAAGCGUGGGAGAGAUUCACUCUUCCUGUCCAGUCCUCUGCCUCUUGGGAAAAUCCAACUACCUGGCAUAAUGGUUGGUGCUCAGGCUGUGUCAGAGCUUAGUGUGGGGGAGAUGAGUCUCACCUGGGACAGGUUCUGGAUCUAGCCAGGACCACUCUGGAGAUCUGUGGAGUUCAUCUGGACAGGGCCCAGCCCUAGCCUUUGGGCAGGAAUAGGGCAAAACUGACAGACCUCACUUUGAACCUCAAGGAUAAGGGCUCUCUCUCUCUCUCUCUCUCUCCCUCUCACUCUGGGAGACCCCUUGCCCGAUGGGCCCACUCUGCCUGAGAGAAGGUCCUUCUUUCCUCACCCCACCUACACCCACCUCCUAUGACUUCUCCACCCUUCCCACUCUGCCUCUUCAAAAUGGCACCCCCCAGAGGUUGAUCACAUGGGCUCCCCCAUGUGACAGGGACCUGUCAUAAGCCAUGACCCAAAUGAUUCCUCUGCAUUGUGCAAUGUGGGUGACUUGCCCACAGUAGUGUGAAAUGCUCACCUCCCACAUUCUAGGUUCUAUAAUCCUGUUAAUGUAGCUCGGGUCCUUAUGAGCAUUUUUGCGAUGAUCUCUUACAGUCUGUCCUUGAACCUUUCUUGCAGGCCUAAGCCUAUCUCUUUCUUACCAGCUGCUGCUCAGGCUGAACCCAAUCCCAGUUUAUAAGGCGCCUCUACCCAGGUGAGAUACUCUACUGGUCAGGAGUAUUAAUGCUGAGCUCUGACCCCCUCAGCCCUGCUCAGACUCAGAGGCAGGGAGUUAUACAUUGUGACUUUGGGGGCUCUCGAGUGUCUAUCUGUGAUUGGGGAUGGGGCUGUGUCCACCACAGGCCCAAGUUCCCCUAUAGUCCCCAUUCCUUUCAUGUCCUGCCCAGUUACCCCUCCAGCAGCUGUCCUGGAGACCCCAAGGACUGAGAGCCCCACAGCACAUAGAGACCACAUAGAGGCCUAGUGCCAGGACGCCUUCCUUAAACCAACUGCCUACAGAUUUCUAAGGACACAGGACCUAGGGGACAGGAGGGCCUGACUCACCAUCUAAUCCUGUGGCAGGCACUGGUGGGGGUGGGGAAUGAAGACCCCAGGGAACCAGGGACAGGCCCAGGGCCCCUCCUGAGGACCCUAGUCAAACUGGCUCUUCGGUGUGGACAUCUGGCCUUGUUCUCAGUGCCCAGGCCCCCCGCCUGGUGGGUGAGGUUCUUUACCCUGUUGCCAUAUACUAUUUUCAGCCCAAGUAAGAACAGGAUUUUCCAUUCCCAGCCCCAGACCAUUGUCCAGCAGUGACGUGGAGGGACCUGCCUGCUCUCAAAAUAUCUUCUCUUACUCUCCGGGCCUUGCUGCCCUUUCCCCACCUCCUCGCCCUGACAUCACUUCCUGGGGCUGUUGACUGCUGAAGGACGCUGUGAGAGGUCACAGCCCCUGACAGGGACCCCAGGGAUUAUCCAGCCCAGCUGCAGACUCAAGGCCAGAAAGGGGCAGGGCCUUGUCCAAGGUCACUCAGCAGGUCAGCGUGGCGCCUGGUCGUGCGCCAGGGGCUCGGGCUGCCCCUGCGGCUCUGCUCCAUUUAGUGCAGGUCAGUGCCUUUGUGGGAAUCCUGCCGUCACCCCCACCACCCCAGCUCUUCCCACCUCUGAUGGAGCUGGGGAGCUGAGGCCAGGGACCUGGGGUGGAGGGGGGUCGGGAGAGCAGCUCGGAGGAGUAAAUGCCUGCUGACUGGCCUACAGCAGCUCUUCUCAGUGAGCUCCGUGCAAUGGGGGCAGGGGCUCUGGCACAGAGGGGUCUCUGCACCACGUGGCAUUUGUCCCAGGGCCCAGGAGGGACACUCUCACCCUCCAAAGGCUAGGAAGGGCCCUGGCCAACAUGCCCUCCACACACAGUUACUCCUAUCUUGGUCCAGGUCAGGCCACCAAAGCUACCCCUCUGCCACCACCCUUGUCAAGGCAGAUUUGGGCUGAUCUGUUUAGAGCCAGGCCCCUGAGGAAGGGAGCUAAGGUACUGACCCAUGUCCCAGGCACCAGGCAGGGCUCUCUCACAUCCAUUAUUAUUUAUUCUUUACCACCACCGUGUGAAAUAGACAUUAUUACCCCCAUUUAGCAGAUGAGAGGACAGGCUCUGAGAGGUGAGGACUUGCUCCAGGUUAUACAGGCAGUAAAUGGGUGAGUCAAGAUUGAGUUCAGGUCCAUCUGAUGCUCAGACUAGUUCCCUUUCCAGUAUCCCAUGCCACUUGCAACCCCUGCGGGGCAGGAGAGUUUGUAAGUGACCCUUUGUGUGAUUCAAGAUGCGAGAGGCAGUCUAGUGAGCAUGGAGUUAAGAGCACCAGUUCUCUGCUCAGACUACCUGUGUUUGAGCGUUGUCUCUACUUCUUCCAGCUGUGGCAUCUUGGGCAAAUCAAUCUUGCAGCACUUCUAUUUUCUCAUGUCUUGAAGGAGAUACUACUUCCCAUGUAGGGCAUUGGGAGGCUUACCUGAAUGAAUACACAUGAAGCACUUAGAACAGGGCCUGGCACAUGAUAAGCAUUUACACUCCAGGCACUGUGCCAAGGGGAUACAGAGGCAAGCCAGCUGGACCCUGCCCUCAGGGAGUUGACAUAACUUAAUAAGUAACCACAUUGGGAUAAGUGAGUUGAAGGAAAGGACAGUGUGUCCGGCCAGUGAGCAAUAGAGUGUCCGCUGUGGCUGAGGCUUCCCCAGGUUGUGGGAGGAAAGAGCAGGUCCAUCCUGGGGUGAGGUGUGGGACCACCUUCUGCCCUGCUUGGCACUAGGUGGCUCUCAGGCUCAUGAGCUUGUGUGUGUUUACAGAACCUUGUCCAGGUGAUGGGCUGUGGAAGGGCAGUAAGGAGAAGUGAUGGCAGGAGGAGGAAGAGGAGGAUGUCUCUGAUCUUCCAGAGCCUGCCGCUAUGGGCUCGAGGGCUCCCACCCACCCAUGGCAGUAGGCUUAGCCAUUUCUCCCUGACUGGUGAUGCCCACCACAGGAUGCUGCAGCCUCUCCUUGGUUUAUCCAAGAGUCAGAGACCCAGGGCUGGAGGACUGGCCUGACGCUGGGCCAGAGCAGACAAUGGAUGGGCAUUUUUGCUGUGUGACCUGAGGCCAACUGCUUACCCUCUCUGGGUCACUCUAUAGAACCCAGAGACCUUGCUUCCCACAUUCCAGUUCUCCCUACCUUAGGGUAGCAGUCACCCAGAUUUUUCAUCAAAGACACAACUAACAGCUACUCCCCCAGGCACUCCCAAGACCCCAUGAGCCCUCAGUUCUGAGGACCAGAGUGGGACAGUGGGUCUCCCCUAGUAUCAAGUGACCAGAAAGGUGAAGUGACUCCACUGGCACCACACAUUGCCUUGGAGUAGAUCCAGUUGAAUGUCUGAUGCUUCUGCCUCCUGUGGGGUGGAGGCUGGAAUUUGGCCAGGAGUCACUGGGCUGCAGGAUGAAGGAUGCAUUUACCUUCCCCAGGGGUAUGUGCUUGAGGUGGGGGGUGAAGGGUGGGGGAAAUGAGUCCCAGAAGCCAAACUCAUCCUCCUCUGUCCUGAUGCACCAUGUGACAUGGUGAAUACUUUUUUCUCUCUGGGCCUCAGUUUCCAAUUUCCCCAUAUCAACAGGCCUUGGCUCUGCCCAGCCACUCCAGCCUCUUCAGUAGGGCUUGUCUCUCUCUUGGCUCUGGCUCAGCCAGGUGUCCAGUCUCAGCCCUGUCCCCGCUAAGAACAAUGGGCCAGACCGAGCCAGUCCCCAGGGCCUCACCUGAGACUAUUUUCAGCCCUUGGAGAUGAAGUCAGAAAAGGAUUUUCCACUCCCAGCACAAUGGCUGACCUGCACCAUUGUCCAGCAGGGCAUCCGCCUGCCCCAAAGUAUCUCCCCUGCUUCUACCCUCUGGGCCUCCCUGCCCUGCUUCUCACCUCCCAAACUUGACAUCACUUCCUGGACCUGUUACUCCUAAAGGCCAGUGUGAAACAGCAUGUGAGCCCCCUGGGAGACCUGACCAAUUGGAAUCAGUUUUCCCUCUUGGCAGGGACCCCAUGGAUUAUUUGGCUGCUUUGAGAGAUUGGAGACCAGAGAGGGCUGUGCCUCACCCAAGGUCAUGCAGCAGUCAGCAUAGAGACUAAAUGUGAGGCCAGCGCUCUCUGGCUUCUUCCGUUUCCUCCAUCAGCACUGGUCUGUACCUCCUGGGAAUGACAGCUCAUCUUGGAAGGCCUGGGGUGGACAUCCUGGGGAGAAGCCUGAGUGAUGUGGAUGAGAGGGGGUGUACCUUGGGUUCUGACCUUGGAGCUCCCCAUUCAGUUCUGUUUGUACCAACUGUGGCUUUAGUGUGUGCUGAACUCAGAGUUACCAAGUAGCAGCUUCAGGGAAAGGAGGAAGUCUGGGGACACAGGGAAGCUGAGGCAGGAAGAUCAGGGUUCUGGCCCAGUUUAGCCACCAUUAGCUCUGUGAUUGCAAACUCAGUUUCUUCAUCUGUAAAAUGGAACUGAUAGUACCUCCUUUUCCAGUUUACUGAACAGUGAGCAUGCAGUAAGGCACAAACGUGCAACUGUUUUAUUUUUCUCCCAUCGACUCUCUCUGCUUGAUGAUGUCUAAUUUCCCUUUUCCAUCCAUAACUGCAUAUUUGGUAAACUCCAAAACUUUGAGUCACUUUUGGAUAACAACUAAAGUUCAGUCCAGUUUAAAAUUCCAAUCCUCUACUUAAUUUACUGCUCCCUCCUCCUCUUCCCCUGUGCUGGGAGGACCCUGCUCCCUCUCCUUUGCAUGCCCCUUUCCUCUGGAUGUGGGGCAAGGUGAGGAGGAAAGGGACCAGUGGAUCAUCCCCGGGACUGCCACAGCCCCCUCUUGCUGUCCUUGCUUCUCUGAUCCUGACAACCUGACAUCAGUGCCCCUCUGCAUGGAGUCUCCCAAACACCAGACCACACUUUUGUAAGAGUCUCUUCAUUAAACAAUCCCAAAGUCAC